CCAGCAUCCGCUCCGCUCGGGACACGUGGCGACAAAGGCGAGCGACUGCAGACGGGAUUCUCACCUUUUUCAGUGUCUUAUUUGAGUUUCUAAAGGCUUUAACUGAGCUUUUUCUGUUUCGUACAGCGUGUGAAUGAAGAUGAACGUCAUGCAGGUGCUUCCCUUGACGCUGAUGUGCGUCCUGGCUGCAAAGGCUCAGGUCAUCCAGACCGGGAGAUGUCCGGUACCGGCGGUCCAGGAGAGGUUCGAUGCCGCCAAGUAUCUUGGUGUAUGGUAUGAAAUCCAGAAGCUGCCAAAUAGAUUCCAGUUGGGCGAGUGCAGCACUGCCACCUACAGCCUGAACAGCCCUGGAGUGGUCGGUGUCCUCAACAAGGAGCUGCUUGCCGAUGGGACCGUGAGCUCCAUCAGUGGAACUGCUGUGGCCAAAGACCCGACCGCGCCCGCCAAGCUGCUGGUCUCCUUCUUUGAGGACUCCCCCCCGUCCCCUUACUGGGUUCUGUCCACGGACUACACUGGUUUCUCACUGGUCUACAGCUGCACUGAGCUCGGCCCGCUCCGUAUGGAGUUCGCCUGGAUCUUGAGCAGGCAGCCCACCCUGUCUGAGGAGACCAUCGAGCGCCUGCACAGCGCUCUGUCGUCCAUUGGAGUCAACCUGGACGAGCUGCGAGCCACCAACCAGGACGCAGGCUACUGCAGCGCCGCGCGGCCGUAAACGGACCGGGUCCCGGUCCAGGCUACAGCCUUGGCUAAAUAAAUUAAUCCUGUUUAGCAAUUUCAAACGAGAAAGUUGGUGAAUUGAUGAAUUCUAGUCAUGAGUCAUGCCAGCUACUACCAUAAAUUAUGUGUCACAUUUAUACUUUUUGACAGCUGUCAACUGUUGUACAUAUCACUGUUUUUUGACACUAACACUUGAAUAAACUAAAUAAUGCUCUAA